AUGAAUUUUAUGAUUGGACACUAUCAGAACAGUCGAUGCCAGAGCUACAACAUAAACACGGAAACCGGAAACGGAAGACGGGCUCUACAGACAGAUUCAGGUGUAAACUUCUUCGAGAAGAUUUGUCUACGUGGUGUCCGGCAAAACCAGUUUGACCAGAUGUGUAACGGGGAGCGAGGCUGGGCAUUCGAGCGAGUCAUCGGCUCGGCACUCGAAGGAUUUGAUCAUAAGGAGGUUCGCAGUAUAGAGACUAGAAGCGAGUGUGCUCGUCUUUGUCUUCUAGAAGAAGAGUUUCCCUGCAGGUCUGCAGAGUUUAGUUCUGACUCUAAGACGUGUAUAUUGAGUAGAGAAGAUAGAAGAACGCAACCAGAAGCAUUCAAGAAGGGAACAAAGCCGAAUAUCGACUACAUAGAAAACCAGUGUGCAAAACAGCUUCCAGAUUGUGCUUUUACACAGGCUGAGAAGGAUGUGACAGUGGUUGCUAUGAACGAUAUAUUCUAUUCUAGAACUGUCCAAGCCCGGGCCUUUAACUGCCGGUCAUUGUCCCAGAAAGAUGACCGUUGCUACUUAUCAGGAGAUGAUUCUAUCAGUUUACCGAAUAUUCCUAAACCUACAGAGCCAGGAGCAACAUAUAAAGAGAAGGCGUGUACACGAAGUACUUGUGACGGAGGAAUAUUUACAUUCGAGAAGACGACCGCUCAUUUUCUUCGAACUGCUCGACAACAAAAUCUGCAACUCUCGUCAAACACUCCUGGAAUAACAAAGGAGUGUGCCCAGCUAUGUGUUGAUCAGGGUGCUGACUGCCCAGCCUUCAGUAUAGACUACAAUGGGCAAAGAUGUUUUGUACUUGACCGGAAUACUCAGGGUCGAGGAGAUGAUCUGAUGCCUCGAGAUGGAACCAACUAUUUUGAAAAAAUCUGCCUCAGAGGACAAGUAUCAAAAUGCCAGGGCAAGGCUUGGGCUUUUGAAAGAACUCCAGGGAAAGUUCUACAAGGAUUCGACAACAAGAUUGUAAAUCAGGUUCCUAACAGGAGGGACUGUCAAGAGCUUUGUCUUCAAGAAACCGGUUUUAGAUGCAGAUCAGCUGAUUAUAACACUAUCACUCUAUCUUGCGCGCUCAGCACUGAAACUAGAAGAACACAACCGACAAGCUACCAAGACAGUAAGGAUACUGAGUAUCUAGAGAAUACAUGUAUAGAUACUGAAGAGUUAUCAUGUCCGUACCAAAGAACUGACAACGCCUACCCAAGGUAUUUGGACAGUAUUGUGAGCCGAGUGACCGAUGAAAUAGCUUGUGAGAAACAGUGUACAUUCCAUCAAGAUUUUGUUUGCAGAGCAUUUGCUUUCUAUACUUCAGCGAGCCAAUGUUUUAUAUCUGGUGAUGAUUUGAUGAGUGCGGGAGAUGGAGCUCUUCAAACCCGUCCCGGGACAGAUUUCUUUCAGAGGAACUGUCAAGAUAUUCUCGGAGAACCGACUUCAGCAAACAAAUUUAUUCCUGAAACCGGUUCAACUCAACAAGCAAGCCAAACAUUGCCGCAGGAACGUAGAUGUACUUUUGGAAAACUCGAAUUUGAAAAGACUACUGGCUAUGAACUUAUCAGGGCUAGACCGUAUAAGCUGUAUAGUAGAAGAGAGGGAGGUAUAUCUGCUGAAUGUUCAUCAAGAUGUCAGUCAGACUCUAGAUGUCAGGGCUUUAACCUUGACUACAACAGAAACGAAUGCCAAGCUGUAACAGAGAACUCGGAGGGAAAUCUUUUUAACUUGAGACCAAGUACAGGAAUAGCAUUCUUCGAGGCAAUUUGCCUCAGAGGAAGAACGUGCGGCGCUGUUUGGACUUUUGAGAGAUACAUCGACUUUGAACUUCGAGGUUUUGUCCGUGACACGCAUAGAGAUAUUAGUAAAACUGAGUGCCAAGAUUUAUGUCUCAGCGAGUCCAGGUUUAUUUGCAGAUCUGCAACAUAUGAUCACUUGAGGAAAGAAUGCUAUCUCAGCGAAGAAGACAGGUUUACUCAGCCUGAUUCUCUUCUAGCAAAGCAAGGAUCUGAUUAUCUAGAAAACCAAUGUCAAUCAAGACAAAGUAACUGUGACUACAGUCCUCAGACUAGAGACCAGUAUAUCAUCUACACAGACAAAUCCUUGUCCUCCUUCAGUUCAGCGUCCUGCAAGCAGUCCUGUACCCAGGAGCGAGACUUUAACUGUCGGUCCUACUCUUUCCUGAGUGAGACUCGUAGCGGAGAUCCGCAGUGUUUGCUCAGCAGCGAUACUCAGAAAUCCGCUGGGGGUAAUGCUUUCCAGUUGGCAACAGGAGCACUCUAUGCGGAAAAGGAAUGCGGAAGAAAACCCCGACCUGCAGAUUCUGGAUUUAGUAGCUCUGGAGAUAGUUUUAGCAGCUCCGGUAGCUCCGGGUUAAGCAGCCCUGGCUUCAGUAGUGGCGGGAGACCUAGCAACCAGCUUCUACCACAAACUCUACCUGAUGACACCCUUCCAUCAUAUUCUGGGGAUGGAGGGAACCCGGCCAACUGCAGGGCUGAUGGUUUGGUGUCAGCAUAUGAAAAAAUAGUUGAUUUUACAUUUACUGAAGGAAGCAGAGAGGAAAUACAAACUACAGUUGAUAUUGGAAUCGCAGCUGAGUGUAUAGAAGAGUGCACAGAUAUGGGAGACAGGUGUCUGGCUGUUACGCUACAGAAUGAGAGGGGUGGACGGCAGCGAUGCUUUGCUCUGGAUUCAUCAGCAGGAGUUGAGGGAACAGCACCUUCUAGUGCUACUGGUGUUACAUAUUUUGAAAAGAUCUGCGCAAGUAAAAGUUGUGGGAAAUCUUGGAGUUUUACAAGAGUUCCAAUGUACGAAUUCGUUGGAGUUCCAACUGAAGAGGUUGAUAAUGUAAGAAGCCUGAGUGCUUGCAGAGAACUUUGCCUUAAUGCAAGAAGUUUUCCUUGCAGGUCUGCCACUUAUAACUCUGGAGCAAGGAUUUGUAAACUGUCUGAGGAAUCAAGAAGAACUCAACCAACAAGUUUUAGACCUGCCAUUAGAGGGAUUGAUUAUUUAGAGAAUGAAUGCUCAGAAUUACCUGCGAACUGUGAGUAUAUAGACCAGCCCGGAACCUACCUCCCCUUCACGGAUACCUAUGUACCGGAUGUAGAGGAUAUAGAAGGAUGUCGGACAGAAUGUAAUUCUCAGUCCAACUACAACUGCAGAUCUUUUAACUACAAUUCAGCCAGACAGGAAUGCUUCUUAUCUGCAGAUGAUUCUAUCUCCCUGCCAACUGGACUUCAGCAGGACAGAGACUUUACAUUCUCAGAAAGGGCUGGUUGUAAUAAUGUUAGGGUUGAAUGCACUCCAUCAGAUAUGCUUGUCACUCUUUCAUUUGGACAGGAGUUCAAUGGCCGAAUUUAUGCCACCGGAAAUCCGCAGGCCUGCUUUGAGCUUGGUAGCGGUCAGUCCGAGAUGUCUCUGAGGAUUCCCAUUGGAUCCCAGUGUGGAACUGUGCAAUCGGGUCGAGGACGGUAUGUCAAUCAUGUUGUCAUUCAAGCAAAUCCAAUUAUCAUGCAGGACACUGAUAAAACAGUCCGCGUAGAGUGCGCUUUUACCGCCGAAGAUCAGACCGUAAGUUUCAGACCAACCGCCGGCGGUAGAGAUGAUGGCGGCGGUAUUUCAGUCACAGUUCCUUUCCAGCCGACUGGAACGAAUAUAGUGACGAAUACAGCUCCAACUCCUGGAGUCAGGAUGAGGGUAGUUCGGCGUACAGGAAGCACAGCAGAUGUUGUUGGGCUGGGAGAGGAUCUUCAAUUAAGGAUAGAGAUUGAUGAAGAUUCUGCUUUCGGACUGUUUGCCAGAAACCUUGAGGCUAGGACGGACAAUGGAGAACUAUUAAAUCUAAUCGAUGGUCAGGGCUGUCCCCUCAAUGAACUUAUUUAUCCUGCUCUGGCCCUAGAGUCGAAGACGAGAGCACUCUUCGCAAAUUUUAAGGCGUUCAGAUUUCCUUCUACCCCAACUGUUAACUUUGUUGCAACUGUACAGUUCUGUCAGGACUUGUGUGAACCUGUUACAUGUACAGGAAACCUAGGUUCCUAUGGCAGACGGAAAAGAGAGGUUGGAAACGAAACAGAUACAACUAUUCUACAAGCGUCUACAACCAGCACCAGAUUCACCAGAUCAAUUCAAGAAACUAGUGGAGAGACCAAUGAAGGAGAUGAAACCACUGUACCCGCCAGCAGUACUUCAAAGGCUAGCCUACCAGUCAGCCCUAUGAAGUCAAGUCCAGCGGAAAUCAGUCUACCAACUAGUCCUACGGGAAGCAGUCUACCAACUAGUCCAACGGGAAGCAGUCUACCAACUAGUCCAAAGGAAAGCAGUCUACCAAAGAAUCUAAUACCGGAACUAACAGUUCUGGGACUGCGACUAACAGUUGGAGAGGAUCAGGUUGUUCGUCCCCACCCUCCCAGUAAAUCAGGAACUGGAAAAUUUGGAGAUCAAACCCCGGAAUCUGUUUCAGCUUUUCCAGACACAGAUUCUUACUAUCCAGCCUUCCUGGGACAUGAACUUUUGGAUCCAAGUUUUGUCUGCAGUCCUCAGAGCACUAUAAUAGCGAUAAUUAUAGUUGUCGUAUUCAUCAAUACAGGCCUAGUAGUAGCUGGCAUUUUCUUCUAUAGAAUGAAAAGAAAGAGUUGGAGGAAGGUCCGGGAAGUAGAGAGGAGUAGACCUGUUGAUAUGCCUCCUCCCCUCCCACCCCACCACCCUAGUAGGACCAAUGCGGUGUACAGUAACCUAGGACAAGAUGUACUCUUCAAAACUGCUUCGAACCCUAGAUCUAGGUUUAUGGAAAACCCGACAUUGAUAGGUAUGACCAAAACAUCCAACGGCAACCAUCGUUAGGAAAUGUUUCGUUAACGGUCGGAUUUAAUGACCUAUCAACGAUGUUAUUAAUUAUUCCAACUCCAAGAAAAAUACAGAAUAAAAUUGUGACAAAAAUAUAGUAAUAAAGCCAAAGUAUAAAUUAUUUCAUCUGUUUUAAAUCUGGACGAAGCUGUUAUUUAUAAAAUUUUCAUAAUUCGCCUCGAGAUCAAUUGAUAAAACAAAUUAUUGUUCACAUCUUUAGCAAAAUCAACUUCAUAAUAACUGCAAUAUCAAAUCCAUUUUUCCUGAAGUGUAUUAUCAUACAUUUACUAGAAUUAGAUUUGAAAAAUAGUUAUUAAAAUUUUAUAUAUUUUCAUUUGACAAACAUGCAUUGUUAGCAGAAAACCGAACAUUUUGUUAAUAAUAUAGAAUUUACCGAUUUAACGUUUCAAAAAUACUAACAUUUUUUAGAAAUUGAAAACAAAAUAGGGUUGAUUUUUAUCAGAUUUUCCAAACACUCUAUCAAGAACAAAAUGUCCAAAAAUUUGAACAUUUGAAGUUAAUUGAAAAAUUUUAACACAGCUUUACCUGAUUUCUAACAAUUUAAGUGAAAUACAAUUUUGAUUUUUUUAAAUAUCUUAACAAUUUUGAUUACAGGUUUUCAAGAAUAAAUUCAAAUUUAUCUUUAAUACUUUUUAUAUUUAACCACUCAGUAUUUUUAGUUAUUUUAGUUAAUUUUUUGUUGAUGUUUCAAAUAGUGUAAUUAUGUACCUUAUAUAUUGGACAAUUAUGUGCAGUACAGUACACUGCAGUACACUAUCUAGUAUGCUGCAGUACAGUGAAUAUAAAUUGUAUGAAUUUCAAAUUGUAAUGUAGGGUCCGUGGGGGACCAAACAAAUAUAUUUUUAUGCUUUUU